AUGACGAUGCCCUGGCAACCAGCCCAGGGAACCCAGCCCUUGUCGCCCUUUGGCCACCAGGUCGCUGGACAGUCCUCCAUGCUGAGAUAUGACAAGACAACGGUUUGCAAACCUUUGAUAGCAAGAGAACACUUUGUCUACAAGUCAUUGCCCCCAGAUCUUGCAGAGUUUACUCCUGAAUACAGAGGAGAGAUUGAGGUGCAGCUGAUGGAAGAAGAUGGCUACAUCCAACUGUAUGGUUUGUGCGUGGACAAUGAAGCACAUGAUGAUGAUGGUGUCUGGACUUGCCCGGCUGAAAACCAUGGUCACGAGCCAGCAAGUGUGAAGCCGAAGGUAGCAACACAGGAUUCUGUGAACAGGAGCACUGUUCGACUGUUGAGGAGUGGGAGUUAUGAGGUCUGUGCUUCUACCAACCAAGUGUUCUACACAGCAGACUCCAAGCCGGACCAGCCGCACACCCAGAGCUUAAAUCCGUGGAGUUUGAAGAACCACAAGAGACUGCUGGACAAGAUGCGCAAGUCAGAGCACAGCCACGAUAAGAUACGUUUUAUCCUUCUGAAGAAUGUUGUUGCUGACUUCCGCCAUCCCUGUAUCCUUGACCUCAAGAUUGGGUCACGUCUGCAUGGUGAUAAUGCCUCCAGCAUGAAAGUGGCCAGCCAAUCAGAGAAGUGCAGGCGAACCACUUCCAGCACUUUAGGAGUCAGAUUGUGUGGGAUGCAGGUUUAUCAGGUUGAUGCAAAUGCUUAUCACAGUGUAGACAAGUACCACGGCAGAACUCUGAAUGAGUUGUCAUUCAGACGCAUGCUGUACAACUUCCUUCACAAUGGCACCAGAUUCCGUUCAGAGCUGAUUCAGCCAAUCGUAUCGAGACUAUCUGAACUGAUCACAUGUCUAGAAGGACUUCAUUCAUUUCGGUUCUACGCCAGCUCGCUGCUGAUAAUCUAUGAUGGAGACGUUGGGGUCACCGGUGGGAACCAAGAGGUCAAGGUGCAGGAAGCUAAGCCUGCUUUUGCUGGGGUCUCGGCACCUGCUGACAACAUCACAGAUCAUGUCCUUUCUUCUCAGGAGUUGAUUCAAAAUAAGCAGCUUAGUGACAAUGUGUUUUCUUCUCCGGAGCUGGUUUCGUGGGGAAGUAAUAUCCAAGACGGGAAUCAUUACUCGUCAGAAAAAGUUUGUCAAGGUGAUGUUGUUCAAUCUUCUAAGGAAUUGUGCCCUUUGACCAGCCCACAAUCUGCUGUUGAACAUCCUGUGUCAUCUAGAGAAUGCUUCGAGUCUGCAAAAACUCAGGCUGUUGAUACUUCUUGGGAUUCAAGCUCUGUUGACCUCUUGGGCAACUUCCCAAAACCACUUGUCAGUCCUAGAAAACAGCUUAAUUCUGUGUCUGACUUGUUUGAAUGUGGUGUGCUGUUGGCAGAGCUUCCAGCACAAGAUGUGUCUUCUACAGAGUCACUGGGAGAUCAUCCAUCUAGUACUAAUGUUAUUCACCAACAUUCAGAUACUCCAAACUUGCCUUUUUCAUCAUCAUCAUCCCUGAAAACAGAUUCCAUCAAACAAAUGCCUAACACUGAUAGAAGUUUACCAGACCCCGAGAACAGUAAGACUGGGGAUGCAUUGUUGUUGCAGAAUAAUCAUCGGAUUGAUCAGGUGCCUAAUUUGUUGGAUGAGGAGACACUGUCUGUUUGUCACAGAGUUUCGCCACAAGAUGUGGUCAGUUCUGAACAACAGACUUUGUCUUCAGACACUAAUAGACAGACAGUGAAAACAGUCAACGCUGCUGAGGUUGCUCUGCCUUCAGUCAUCUUAUCCACAGAAACACAUGUACCCGCAGCCUGCCAUACACAGUCUGCAUCAAUAAAAGCAGUAGAAAAACUCCCUCUAGUUACGGAGUAUGGUGUCGCAAAGAAUCAUCUUAAACAAAUUCCACAUGUUUCUGUUGGAGAUUUAGCAUUUAAUGAUAAACCUAUGCCAGAAGUGGACCAACUAAAGGAGUAUGUUUCUGUCAGUGCUGCUGCAAGCAUAAGUACUUUAGCAAAUGUCACUUCACAUGUCAAGCAAAUGACAUGUGAAGGAGGCUCUGUGUCAAGUCACACGCUAGAGUUAUCUCAACCUGCAGGAAACAGCGUCAAAGUUGAUGUGAAAAUGAUCGACUUUGCUCACACGACGCAUCAGGGAUUCACAAUGGACCAAAUUAAACACACUGGCCCAGAUACUGACUACAUUUUUGGACUGAAAAACUUGUUAAAUCUCUUUCAAGAGUUGCUGGGAUCUGAAUGA